GCGUUUUCGCAUAUACCAAGUGAAACGGGACACCCCCAUAGAAGUCGAGCAACGAUGCUGAAGGUACUGUGCUUCGUGUGUGCAACGCUCGCUUACAGCAGCGGUGUGGUUCUCAGCGGUUACAACGGAGGCCACGGGAUCUCUUAUACCGAUUACGAGGGCCUCGAAGCAUACGCAGGAUCCGCUGACUACGAAGGACACGCGGUACUACCGACGGUGGCUGUUCCGGUUCACGCGGUUUCCGCCGCGCCGGUCCACGUCAGCGCAGCUCUCGAUCACACCGCUCAUGCCGCUCACGCUUACGAGCAUCACGCCGAUCACGAUCACGAUUACUACGCGCACCCUAAGUACACGUUCAACUAUGGCGUCCACGACCCCCACACCGGCGAUGUGAAGACUCAACACGAGGUUCGCGACGGAGACGUGGUCCACGGUUCCUACAGCGUGAACGAGCCCGACGGCAGCGUCAGGAUCGUCGAGUACACGGCCGACGAUCACAACGGCUUCAACGCAGUCGUGAAGAAAGUUGGACCAGCCAUCCACCCUAAACCAAUCCCCAUAGCGAAGUACGUGGCGCCAGCGUACUUCAACAACUACGACGACUACGACAAGCACUAUUAA